UCCUGCAAGUUUCCUGUUGACCACUCUCACUCCGCACCUGCUUUCCUUCUCUUCCCUCUCUCCUUCAACUUCCUCGACUUUUAUUUAUUAUUGCUGACUGCUAAUACACAAAUCGAAUCGUAUCAUUAUUGUUAUUGUUGUUGUUGUUACAAGAGCCUCCUGCAUGUCCCCUCCCUCAAUCCUCAGCUACUACUAAACUCCCUGAGACUACCUCGACUUGACUCCAAUUCUUAUCAUCACUAGCAAACAUGACCGCCCUCCAAUCACCUGCGAUGAGCGUCAAUACUCAUCUCAACCAGUCUCAGAAGCACUCAACCCACCUUAACGAUAAACUCACCACACCACUCAAGCAACAGGCCUUCCCUCGCACUCACCGUCAACUCACCCCGAAAACAGCCGCAUCCGAUCAAAAAACUCCACCCAAUCAAGCCAACAAAGCCUACACCACCUCCAACUCCGCCGGCACACCCAGCAACAACAUCACCAAUAACAAUAAUCCCCCCUUGGAUGGAUCCAAAAAAUCUGCCUCAAAGGUCUCUCAUGUGAUCUGUAAAUUUUUCAAGGCCGGUAAUUGCUCUGCCGGUACAACCUGCCAGUUUUCUCAUACUCUCCCCGAACUCGGUCAAGGGAAACCGGUCUGUCAAUGGUUCGUCAAGGGUAACUGUCGAUUUGCUCACAAAUGUGCUCUGGCUCAUAUUCUACCCGGUCAACCUAUGUCAAUGGACCGGAAGAAUAAACGCGCUGCCCAGGCUGCCGCCCGUGAAGCUGCUGCUACCUCGGCUAAUCAGCCUUCUGACGCCCCUUUCCCAGCCAGUCCACCACCUGAACUCACCCUAGAGCUUGUUGACGAUGACAACAAUAAUCAGUCCAACUCAUCAUCCAAUCAGAUCAUCAACCACCCCGAACCAAUCCAAUCUAUCGACUCUCUCUCCUCUCCUGAGAUCAUCCAUCGAUCCCGUCAACUCCUUCGCUCCCCUCGUGCCCUCCUCAGCGAUCUAGACCACGAAGCCUCAAAUCAAGGCGAUGAUUUACAAUUCGGAUUACCUGAUGAUUUCGUCACCGCUGAAACCUCCCCACCCGUUCGAUUCGGGGCUGCAGCCUUGUCACCCUCUGGUCACCAUUCAAACGGCUUAUUUGCUAACCCCUAUCAAACCAAUAACUCCUAUCCCGAUCAGCAACAACAACCUCAUCAUCACUAUCACGACCAUCGACCCAGUGCACUCUCGGCAGCCCCUCAACACAAUGGCUUCUCAUCGGACCGUCAUCAACUUCAAAGCUCUGUCGAACGAGCUCGCGCUUGGCCCCGUGAGCAAAGUCCCUCUCCGUUUGGGGCUGGCUCGCCCUUUUCAGCCCCUGGUUCACGCAGUGUCUUCCUCCCGAGAAUCGGUUCGUUUGGUUCGGAGGACGGCUAUCCGAGAAGUGCCCCGUCCGUAGCCACCAGUCCUAAUCACGUCUCUCAUCUGACGAGCAUGAGCCACACUGCUAAUGACGAAGAUCUGUGGGAUGAAGUGGAAGUGGAUGGAGAGGAAGACGUGACGGAGCUCUUACCCUCUUCAUUACACUCACUUCUCACACCAGCCGAAAGACACCGUCAACACAUCCGAAAACAUGCCCCACAUACAUUGUACUCUCGUUCGGUGCCUGUUGAAGACAUUAUCAGCAGCGCCAAGCUCAAAAAGCAAAGCGAACCCAGUGCACUCCGAAAUGGGAUCGCGAUCACCAAUCCCCUGUCGGUCUCACCGGCGCCUGGGUUCAGACAUGCGGCCUCCAAUGAAACCAUACAUGCUCAUCACCAUCUGUCUUCCCAACGAGAACCGUCCAACCCGACCAACCUCCGACCGCAACUGUCAAAUUAUCUUUCGUCCUCCUACAUCCAACCUACCACGCCAUUUGCGAACUGGGAACACGGCCAAGCACUUGAACAAGUCGGCCCUCCUGCAAGCCAACUCUCUCCUCCGAUCGCACUGUCGGCCCAGAAAGCUUUCGAAAGAUCGACCAUGCUUGGUCAUGCGCCCGGCACGAGUCUCCCCCAAGGCUUAGCCGCCGGCCUCUCUCGAUUACACUUCCAACCGCCCUUACCCACUGGCCUAACUCCAUGCGGCUCGCCCUCCGCAAAUCAUCGUGACCAUCCUCUCUCCCCUCCACGAUCUCCCCCGACGAGCAACAAUAAGUAUCCUUCUACUACGGCCUCAAACAACUUGCCAUCAUUCCCUCUGUCCCAACGUAUGGCUGGUCUGAACUUCGGAUCGACUACCGUCUCUCAUUCUUCUCCUUUGAGUCGUAACGUCAGUUGCUCGCCUGGGCCACUCUCUUCUCUUCAUUCUCAUCAUGAUGACGAUGAUGCUCCAUUCAGAUUAGAAAUGUGAAACAAGAAUCCCUUUCUUCACCUUUUUUCACUUUCUUUCCUCUCUUAUAUAUGAUAUAACAACUUCACUCGAAAAUGCUAUCAUGAUUCACAUGAAAAUAAAAUAAAAAACGCACAUACACACUCAAGUUCUCCUACUUCCUUUCUAUUCUUCCUAUUCGUAGAUGAUACAUGUAUGUUAUUAUUUAAUUCUCCACAAGUUCUCAUCCUUAUCCUUACCCAAUCGGAGUACGUUCAGCGCAAACAUUCUCCUCCUUCCCUCCUCUUUCCUUCCUCUCCUACCUCUUUUUUUCUCAAGUCCUUCCCCUCAAAAAAGUUGAUUUCUUUGUUGAAACUAACCAAAAAAAAAAAAUCUGGUGUUGUGCGUAUAUACAUAGAUGUGCUUGUGUCUCCCAAGAAAAAAAAAUAACAGACAUUCUGAUCUUUCUUUCUUCUGCUUUCUCUUCAUCGUUGUUGUUGUGGUCUUCAUCCUUCAUCAUCCAUCUCAACAGCUGUUCCUCAACAUCAACAUAAUCAUCCAUUCAUUCAUUAUCAGCAUCAUUCUCUUCCUUCUCCUCUUGCUCCUUCCUUCUUCUUCUUCUUCCUCUUCUUCUUCUCACACUCAAAACUAUCAAAAAAAACACUUUCUUUGCU